AUGUCUGGCCGUGGCAAAGGAGGGAAGGGUCUUGGUAAAGGUGGCGCCAAGCGCCAUCGUAAAGUUCUCCGAGAUAACAUCCAGGGGAUUACCAAGCCGGCUAUCCGUCGUUUGGCUCGGCGCGGGGGUGUGAAGCGUAUCUCCGGGCUGAUUUACGAGGAGACUCGCGGCGUGCUGAAAGUUUUCCUGGAGAACGUCAUCCGGGAUGCUGUGACCUACACCGAGCAUGCCAAGAGGAAGACCGUGACUGCCAUGGAUGUGGUCUACGCUCUGAAGCGCCAGGGCCGUACUUUGUACGGUUUCGGUGGCUAAAUUAAAAACCUACAAAGCGCAAAGCUUCAACAUCUAAAAGGCCCUUUUAAGGGCCAC